AUGGGGAUUCUUGAGCACCAUUUGGGAGGCCUCAAGGCGAAGCUGGCGAGGCUGCGGUCGGAGCUGGUGGAGGGCACGAGCCGCAGUGGGGGCCCCAAGGGCGAGGGUUUUGAAGUGGCGCGGCAGGGCGACGCGAGGGUUUGUCUAAUAGGGUUUCCUUCUGUGGGCAAAAGCACUUUGCUGAACUCCUUAGCAGCAGACGCAAACCCUCAGGACGGCCAGCUGAAGCAGCGCAGCGCAGUCGGCGCCUACGAAUUCACCACCCUCACCUGCCAACCCUCGAUGUUCACCGUCGAUGACGCAAAAAUUCAGCUGCUGGAUUUACCCGGAAUUAUAGAAGGGGCUUCGGAGGGGCGGGGCCGCGGCCGGCAGGUUAUUGCUGUUGCCCAUUCUUGUGAUUUGGUUCUAAUGGUUUUAGACAGCACCAAAGAUGACACGCAGCAGAUGCUUCUCACGCGCGAGUUGGAGGCUGUAGGAAUUCGCCUUAACAAAAAGCCGGCGAAUGUGAGCUUCAAGCCGAAGAAAGCCGGAGGCCUCACCGUCAAUUUUAUUGUGCCCCAAUCGGAGAAGUGCGUUUUGCUGCAGCUGACACAAAAAGCAGUGCAGCAAAUUCUGCAUGAGUACAGAAUAUUCAACGCAGACAUUGUUGUUCGCGAGGACUGCAGUACGGAUGCUUUUAUUGACGUAAUUGAAGGAAAUCGGAGGUUUUUGAAAUGCAUUUAUGUUUACAAUAAAGUGGAUAUGCUCACUUUGAAGGAAAUCGACGAACUCGCCCGCAGGCCGAACAGUGUGGUGGUUAGCAGCCAGGCGGGGUGGAAUUUGGAGCGGCUGAAAAGAGUGGUAUUUGAGGGUUUGGAAAUAAAGCGUCUGUACACCAAAAAGAAAGGCGAACUUCCGGACUUCACGGAGCCCAUUAUCCUCACCGGACAAAGAGGCCCCUGCACCGUAGGAAACGCCGUCUCUUUGAUUCAUAAGGAUUUACUAAAGGACUUCAAGUUCGCUUUCGUUUGGGGGGCUAGUGCGAAGCACCAGCCGCAGCACGUUGGGCUAGGGCACGAGCUGGCGGACGAAGAUGUAAUUCAAAUCGUCAAAAAAACCUAA